AUGUCUAGGGACCCAUAUACGGAUGCUAAGAGUGAGGUGGAGGCCAACAUCGGCAACUUGAUAACCCUACUCGACUCGUAUGAACGGAUAAAGUCGACAGCACCCGGAUCGACCAGCUUGUCGGAAACAGUCGAGGAGCUCCAGACGACACUGGGUUUGCUCGAAACCGAUUUAGAAGACCUCGAAGAGUGCGUCAGAGUUGUUGAGGACCAUGGGGAUCGGUGGGGACUUGCCUCUGCCGAAGUUCGCGAACGACGGAUAUUUGUGGAUCGGCGACUUCGCACUCAAGUAACGGCCGCGGCUUCUUUAAAGGACCUGAGCACUCGGUACCAGGACAUCGAAGCUCAGAACGAAGAGGUAGACAGAUGGGAACGGGAAGAGCAGCAGGUAGGACGGCAACCUCGUGUUGGAAGCUCACCACUGCAGAUGCUCAUGCGGCAGCAGGAUAGCACCCUUGGGGUGAUAUCAGGCACGCUCAGCAAUCUCGCAUCGCAGGCUGGGCUCAUCGGACAAGAGGUCAACGAACACAACGUCAUGAUCGAAGACCUGUCGUCGCAUGUGGAUAGCACUCAGUCUCGGCUGACUAAAGUCACGCGAACUCUGAAUGACUUUAUCCGUAAGAACGAGGCUCGUGGUGCAUCGCCAUUCUCAUCGUAA